GUAAACAAAUUUAUUCGCAACUUAGUAAUCGGGUGAUAAUUUUGACCAGCCUGGUCUAGUUGGCGGGCAGUGAUAAGUCACAUAACUCAGAGCCCGCCCCUCAGGGCGAACAUGGACGAACGCAAGCUGCUCCGGGCAGUGAAACCCACCAAUCCGCUGGUUUACCUGGACAUUUCCAUUGGCAAGGAGGAUGCGGGUCGCAUGAUAAUUGAACUGCGCAAGGAUGUUGUGCCGAAGACAGCGGAAAAUUUCCGUGCUCUUUGCACGGGCGAAUGUGGCAUCGGUACCAUGGGCAAACCACUCCAUUACAAGGGCACCCGAUUCCACAAGGUCAAGCGCGUCUUUGCCGUCCAGAGCGGGGAUGUGGUCAAUAACGAUGGAACCAGCGGGGAGAGCAUCUACGGUCCAGUAUUUGAGGAUGAGAACUUUGAACUCACGCACAACGAAGAAGGCGUAGUCAGCAUGGCCAACUACGGCAAGCCCAACUCCACCAACUCACAGUUUUUCAUCUCGGCCGUCGGCUGUGAGAAUCUGAAUGGAACCAACGUAGUCGUAGGUCGUGUCCUACGCGGCCUGGGUAUUGUAGCUGAAAUGGAACAAAACUGCAAUGACGAGGGCGAUCCCACGGCGGAGAUUGUGAUACGGGACUGCGGGGAGAUAGCUUCUGGCGAGGAUUGGGGCCUUGAGUGCAGCGACGAGACGGCGGACAAGCUGCCCCACUAUCCGCAGGACUGGCCCCGCAAGUUCGGCAAGUUCACAGCAGACGCAGCGGUGGAGCUGCUCACGGUCAUUCGGCAAUCGGGCAAUCACUUCUACAGUCUCGGCCGCUAUCAUGAGGCCCGUGCAAAGUAUCGCAAGGCCAAUCGAUACUAUCAUUACCUUAGCAAACAGUUCGGCUGGCAACAACUUAACCCGUUUAAAAAGCACCUCGUCGAUACGGAUCUGCAAAAAAUAGACGGCUUCUACGUGGUGAACAACAUAAACUCAGCCGCCGUUGACCUGAAACUGGGCAACUAUAUUAGUGCCAGGAAUGAUUGCACCGAGGCGAUUCGUCUGGAUCCCAAAUGCAGCAAGGCUUUCUACCGGCGUGGCCAGGCACAGCGUGGUUUGCGCAACUACGAGGAGGCCAUCAAUGAUCUGAAGAAGGCGCACAAUCUUCUGCCCGAGAACAAACAGAUCCUAAAUGAACUGAAUAGCACCAAGCAACUCCUGGCCCAGUACAACCGACAGCAACGAAAUGCGCUUAAAAAUCUAUUUGCCUAGCUGGCAGCGAGUCACCAUUUACUUGGAUCGUUUUGAAUUUGUUUUUAGUUUAAUACGGACCUGAAUGGCUUCAUUGAAUGUAAAUAAUUAUUAAUAAAUAUUGUUGUUUUACCAACA